UCCCUCCCAGAGCCAUUGCAUUGCAUUGCAGCGGCAUGAGCUGCAGCCCAGUGUGAGCAGCGCGCCGUGUCUCCGUAGCUGCCGGUCUUGUUGUUACUGUCUGCGCUCGGUGCGGCCGCCUGGAUCUGAGGCUGUGUGCCCCGGGGAGGAUCAGCCAUGGAUGCGGGAAUGGAGAAGGAGUGCAGCGCUCUCGGAGGGCUCUUCCAGACCAUCAUGAACGACAUGAAGGCCAGUUAUCCCACCUGGGAAGAUUUCAUCAACAAAGCUAUAAAGCUACAAUCACAGUUAAAGACUACAACAAUUGUCACAGGAUCUUUUUUAGAUGCUUUUCAGAAAAUCGCGGAUAUGGCCAUUAACACAAGAGGAGCAACAAAAGAAAUUGGUUCUGCCCUAACCAGGAUGUGUAUGAGGCACCGGAACAUAGAGUCCAGGCUGAAACAUCUAACAGUAGCUCUGUCCGACAGCUUGAUAAACCCCUUGGAAAUAAAAAUUGAAGAGUGGAAAAAGAUUGCAAACCAGCUGGACAAGGACCACGCUAAAGAAUAUAAAAAGGCCCGAGCCGACAUAAAGAAGAAAUCUUCAGACACAAUAAAGCUACAAAAGAAAGUGAAAAAAGGAAAGGAUGAUGCGCGUAUGCAGCUAGACAGUGUACUGCAGGAUGUAAACGACAAGUAUAUGCUUUUGGAAGAAACUGAAAAGAGGGCAGUGUACAGGGCUCUUGUAGAAGAGAGGGGCAGAUUCUGCAUGUUUGUGUCUUUCCUGAAACCUGUUUUGGACGAGGAGAUAGGCAUGCUUGGAGAAAUUACACACCUGCAAACUAUCUUAGAAGACUUGACACAUCUCACCGCGGAACCAAACAAACUCCCCCCAAUGAGCGAGCAGGUGAUACUCGAUCUGAAGAACUCUGAUUACAACUUCAUUUACCAGACCCCACCUGCUUCACCAAGUGGAACGUUAUCACGGAAGGCAAGCACAACCAGUAGCUAUCUACACGGCUCGAUGAGACAUGUUCCAUCUAUGGACUCCAUCUCCAGUUCGGUGGAGACUCUCCAUAUUCGGCCCCCUUCUGCGAUAAUGCUGGAAACAAUGUUUCAGGAUCCAAAAAUGAGUAACAGUCAGCAGAUGUCCGCAUCCAUGGGUCCUAGUGGAGAGAAUGGUACUUCGGGUUCACACCAGACUUUAGAUGGACCCCGUUCAAUGGGACCCUACGGAAUGACCAGACCAAACCUAGCAAGAGACCAUUUAGCCCUGGCACUGAGUCAAGGUUUAAACGCAGAAAUACAGCUCAGCCGGGAUUCCCUUCAUUGCUCUAGUGGGUAUAGCACACAAACAACCACCCCAUCCUGUUCCGAUGACACCAUUCCCUCACACGCCUUAAAGAAGGACCCUUCCCUUUUUGUUGCAGACUAUGAUUAUAUAUCUCUACACGGAGAACAAGAAGAGUCAGACCAACUAGAAUUUGACAAGUCCUCCACCAUUCCACGAAACAGUGAUAUCAGCCAGAAUUACAGAAGAAUGUUCCAGGCCAAGAGGCCAGCUUCAACCGUUAGCCUUUUAGCGGAAUCUGACCCACUCGUCCGAUCACCAUAUGUCGCGACCAUCAAGAGGAAACCAUCUAAUAAGCCCACUAUUAGGAGGGGUACAAUAAGCGGUGUCCCCAUUCCCAUCCGUACUCCAGUGGUGCCCAUGAAAUCUCCAAUCUUUCCAGAAGUUCCUAAAAGCCCCUAUGGUGAGAGGACGAAUAGUGAAGAAUUUGCAUAUUCCCAAGACACCAGAUCAGAUUUGUCCCAAUUCAGACAAGGUCUGUGCACCUCCGCUCAAAGUCUCAAUGCCAUCCAAACAACGUAUUGUGCCUUUAUACCCAAGCAAUCAUACACAUACUCGCAGAGUAUCAACCAAGUACCUUCUAGUCCGCAAAAAGUAUUUCCAAACAAGGCCAGUGUACUAGAUAACAGUCCAACAUCUUAUACUGCUGCUCCAAGUGCUGUUCAAGCUACGGAAGGCCAGGAAAAUAACAUAAGUGUUGGUGGCGUUGGGUCAGAUCCACCUCAGGAGGACAUGCUUACAACGAUCAAACGUGGAGUGAAGCUUAGAAAGACAAUCUGCAAUGAUAGAUCGGCUCCUCAAAUAAAAUGAGGCACUUUGCAUGAAUAUCUGUCAUGCACAUAUUUGCCUUUUCAAUUUUGUUUAAAGACAAUUUUUUAAUUAUUACUUUAAAGACUUGAUGAACUUCUGAAUUCCCAUUGUCUAUUGCCGUUGAUGUUUUUUCGGUCAAUGGCUUUAAUGCUAAACUACCUGCGAUCUACGCAGUGUACUUUUAACAUGCUGUAACUGCAUUACGUGUUGAUUCCAUGUUUUAGUUGUUUUAAAAGUGUGCUUUUUAUUUUUGGAGAUUUUGUAGAUUUUAGGUUACACUACUUCAACUUUUGCAUUUUGAUCUACUCAUUCAUUAAUUUCAAUACAAGUCAAGGCUUAAAUAGCAAAGUGCCUUGGCCCAUCUAACGUAAUCUUUGUUACUUUCCUGGUUAACGGUUGAUAUUAUUUUAUUUUUUUUUUAAAACACUUUUGCCCAGUGGUGUCAGCAGAUAAAACAUUUUAAGUAAAAGAGAGAGAGAAUCUUUUCCACAGUAUAAAUAGAGUGUACAUACUACUUAAAUGAGAAGUAUUGCAGAAUGCUUUUUAUAGAUAAUAUAAAUUUACUACAUUAGCUAUCAACAUAACGAGACUAAAUGGAAUAAGAGGAUGGCUCGUUAACCGGACAUUGUCCGAAGGCUCAGCCAGUGUGUGCAGUAAAGCUUCAGAUUUCAAUGUGGGUGUAAAUGGAUGUAUACGUACGCAUAUGUAUAUACAAUAUGCAUGCACAUGUGGAUGGAUGGAUGUAUAUGUGCGUGUGUGUGUGUGUGUAUUAUAUAUGUAUAUUUAUUGUCGUUGUCAUCGUACCUCAUUAUGGGGUAUGAUGAACAUGGGGAUGUUGCCAUCCUUGUGAAUUGAAGUCUUUAGAGUGUCCUGAGCAGCUGUCUUUGGGGGAACUGAGGUGGGACAACUGUAGAUAGGCAAGGUUCCAUGUUUCCCCACAGUAUAGUAGUGACUACAUAUUGGCUAUUAUGCUGAAGGCUGCUUUAUUACUGCAAUGAGGGAAGGUACACCUGGCAUAUGUUACCAGACUCUAUACUUAAGACAGCACACUUUCUGAGGAGGCAUUCGGGCAAAUCCUUGUUGUGGACAUGGUGGGGGGAGGGCAAUAGACCAUAUGAAGAAUACCUAUAAAAUAAUUAUAUUUGAUAAGU